GUCGCCCCGGCGGUGUGUUCUGUUGCAGCCCGCCUGUGCCUUUGCCUCAGCCCCUUCCGAGGCCAACGCGGUAGCUGCGGGACACUACGAGUAGAACGGCUGAGGCGAGCCUAGGCGGGGCCGGGGUUCCGGCCACUCUGGAGAAUGGAGAUAAUUAGGAACAAUUUUAAGAGUAACCUUCAUAAAGUGUACCAGGCCAUAGAGGAGGCCGACUUCUUCGCCAUCGAUGGGGAGUUUUCAGGAAUCAGUGAUGGACCUUCAGUCAGUGCCCUGACAAAUGGUUUUGACACUCCAGAAGAGAGGUAUCAGAAGCUUAAGAAGCAUUCCAUGGACUUUUUGCUGUUUCAGUUUGGCCUUUGCACUUUUAAGUAUGACUACACAGAUUCAAAGUAUAUCAUGAAGUCAUUUAACUUCUAUGUUUUCCCAAAACCUUUCAAUAGAUCCUCACCCGAUGUCAAAUUUGUUUGUCAGAGCUCCAGUAUCGACUUUUUAGCAAGCCAGGGAUUUGAUUUCAAUAAAGUUUUUCGCAAUGGAAUUCCAUAUUUAAAUCAGGAAGAAGAAAGACAGUUGAGAGAGCAAUAUGAUGAAAAACGUUCUCAGGCCAAUGGUGCAGCAGUUCUGGCGUAUGUGUCCCCUAACACUUCAAAAUGUCCUGCGACAGUUCCUGAGGACCAGAAGAAAUUUAUUGACCAAGUAGUAGAGAAAAUAGAAGAUUUAUUACAAAGUGAAGAAAACAAGACCUUGGAUUUAGAGCCGUGUACUGGGUAUCCCAAAGGCCUUCACAUUGAGACUUUAGAAACUGAAAAGAAGGAGCGAUACAUAGUUAUCAGCAAAGUGGAUGAAGAAGAACGAAAAAGAAGAGAGCAACAGAAACAUGCCAAAGAACAGGAGGAGCUAAAUGAUGCUGUAGGAUUUUCAAGAGUCAUUCAUGCCAUUGCCAAUUCAGGAAAACUCGUUGUUGGACACAAUAUGCUCUUGGAUGUCAUGCACACAAUUCAUCAGUUCUACUGCCCUCUGCCUGUGGACUUGAAAGAGUUUAAAGAGAUGACAACAUGUGUCUUCCCCAGACUCUUGGAUACUAAAUUGAUGGCCAGCACACAACCAUUUAAGGAUAUUAUUAACAACACAUCCCUUGCAGAAUUGGAAAAGCGGUUAAAAGAAACACCUUUCAACCCUCCUAAAGUUGAAAGUGCUGAAGGUUUUCCAAGUUAUGACACAGCUUCUGAACAGCUCCACGAGGCAGGCUAUGAUGCUUAUAUCACAGGACUGUGCUUCAUCUCCAUGGCAAAUCACCUAGGUUCUUUUCUCAGUCCUCCAAAAGUUCAUGUGUCUGCCAGAUCAAAGCUCAUUGAACCCUUUUUUAACAAGUUAUUUCUUAUGAGGGUUAUGGAUAUCCCCUAUCUAAAUUUGGAAGGACCAGACUUGCAACCUAAACGCGAUCACGUUCUCCAUGUAACAUUCCCCAAAGAGUGGAAAAGCAGUGACCUUUACCAGCUGUUCAGUGCCUUUGGUAACAUUCAGAUAUCCUGGAUCGAUGACACAUCAGCAUUUGUGUCUCUCAGCCAGCCUGAACAAGUCCCAAUUGCUGUCAAUACCAGCAGAUAUGCAGAAAGCUAUCGGAUCCAGACCUAUGCUGACUAUGUGGGGAAAAAACAGGAAGAGAAGCAGAUCAAGAGAAAGUGGACAGAUGACAACUGGAAGGAGGUAGAGAGAAAGCGGCUGAACACACAGAGCUUGUCCCACACGCUGCACAACCACUAUUACGCUCCUGACAGCUUUAUAGCCACCAGCACAGUCAGAAAGAGAAAUUUGAGCCCUAGUCCAGAAGCUGGCUCAGAGGACAGAGUAUUGGGAACAGUUUCUGACUCCGAGCUUGAGCAGGUGGAUUCCAGUGCAGAAUCCCUUUCAGAGGGAAAGAAAAAACCCAAGAAAUUAAAAAGAAUGAAGAAAGAGCUUACCUCAGCAGGAAGCAUCGCAGUCAGCCCUACCAAGCUCUUUGAAGUUCCUGACACAUGGUAACCAAGGCCAGAGUGGAGCAAACUGCUGCUGCCAUCGUGGUGAGAGCGCCAGCCAGCACAUUUGGAAGCCAUACUGAAUGUAAUCGAAUGUGGUAUGGGAGGGGUUUAAAACCAAGGGUAUCUCCCAAAAAGACCAAUUUUUAUUUUUGUGGCUGUUUCUCUUUCCCUUAUUAAAGUAAAGUAACUCUUGACACACACACACAUUUGUAGGCUACCAUCAACAUGUAUGUUACUAGUUAUGUAAUCAUUUAUUACUCACGUGAAACCCAUCCUGCCAUGAAUUAGUGUCUGAGAAUCUACCUGCUGGGGAAGUGGACUCAAUAUUGGAAAGAGCCAGCAUUAUGGGUGCUCUGAUCAUGGAUUUGGGGCUGAACUCCGUACAAAGAGGUGCAAAUUGCUCCUCUGCUGCCCAGAUUGGGGGACGCUUGGCUUUGGUCAGCCUCCCCUUGGGGAAACUGGUGUCCCUGUGUUCCCCGCCAUAACCACCUGAAAGUAGUUUAUGUUCAGGCUUGUCUUUCCAGGAGGAAAGAUAGCAGGAAGAUGUCUACCAGUGUCAGACCCUGUCUUAGUGUAUGCCUUUGGGGCAUAUCUAUGUAGCUUUUCCUAAGACAUGGGCUUUUUAUGGGGGUAUCUGGGUAAAAGUUGAUUUCUGUUCUUACAUGAAUACUGUGUUCAGUUUGCCAUGUUGGCACCUGGUUGCCCUUUCUGUCAUGUGUUUCUGUGUGUGUUUGGGGUACAGUGGCGUGUUUCCACACAUGCGUGCAUGGGAGUGAAAUCAUCACAAAGUUACACGUGUCAGCCCUCUCUGUAAACAUAACACAACAGCAAAACAAUUUUUUAAAAGUCAUGGAUCUCCUUCAGUAGAUCUGCUUCAAAAAGAUCAUUGUUAGAUAUUUAACAUUUUGUAUUGUGGAAAUAAAGAGGAAAAUGUUUUUCCAAA